AUGGGCUCUUUCCAAUCCAGAGCAGGUUCUGGACCUCAAAUCCAUUCCCCCCGCCACUCUUCCAUCAGUGGUCGUAUUCACUUUGAUUCUCCAGGAAUCAACAGCAACCGGUCCCUACGAUCUUUGCGCUCUCGCAGUAGCAUCGCAUCGUUAGCUGCGGGAGAAAAGACCCCCUUGGUCGCCAGGAUCGAAGAUGCUCGCCUGUUGGGUGAAGGUGUGAUUGAAAAGGCCAGUCCGCCACUGGCUCUUUGGAUUGGACCUGCCUUGGCAUGUGCUCUUUGCUAUGCCUUGUACAACAUCUUUAUAAAGAAGGGAUCUGCAUCCAUCAACCCUAUCCUGGGAGGUGUCAUUCUCCAAUUUGUGGCCGCUCUUCUGGGCUGCGUUUUGUUGGGAGGUGUGGUCUUGUAUCAUACCCAAAUUGCUGAGACUGGUGCGGAAGGCGAGGAUGAGGAUUUCUUGAUGUGGGAUUGGACAGGUGUACAGUGGGCCAUUUUGGCAGGAUUUGCUGUUGGUGCUGCCGAAAUGAUUUCAUUUUGUGUCAGUGGAAUGGGUGUCCAGGCCAUGCAAUCCAUUCCCAUUAUCAUUGGUGGCAGUGUCAUGUUCGGUACUGUCCUGGGAUUCCUGACAUUGGGAGAGACGCUGACGGUGCGAGGAUGGAGUGGAGUUGUCAUGAUUGCCAUCGGCAUCAGCCUGGUCGGAAUGGAUGACGAAGGUGAAGGCCUCUAA